CGUUAAAUGCACUGUUUUUAUUAAUGCCAACUUUUUAGAAAAGAAUCAUAUUGUGAAGAAACAUCUUGGAUCUUAAUUUAGUCAUUCUUUUUUCUGGAGAAAUCCUUGUCUAAAAAAUUAAAGACUCGUGUGCUUAACAGUCGUGAAGACUGCAAACUGGGAAUUUUAAAUGAGAUGAGUUCAUCUGCAAACAAACCCAGUUCUACAGGUAUGGUGACACCUCGAAGGUAUUCUACCAUGACUACUUUGAGGAACUUGACACCUCAGGGAAAAGGGAAUUACCCUCAGAGCCCUUUGGUGAAUCGAAACUUUUCGAAUCCUUCAACCCCUAUGUUUCGAAGCAAUAGCACGCAACUGAACUUUACUAGUUCUUCAGCUCUUGACCUUGGUCUUCCUGAGGCAGUUGCAGCGUCUCCCGGGACUCUGGAUCGAUAUCCUCGCCCUUCCCUUUUAAGCCUUCAAGAUGCGAGCAGUUACCGAACCGAUUCAUUUGACAGUGCAGUUUCUUCAUCCUCAAAAGCCGCCAAAUUCUCCUCUUCCGGUGGUGGUGAUUUACCGUUGUUGGGUAAUGAUAUUAUAACAAGCAUUCGUAUACGUCCUAUCAAUCAACCUUCAAAUAACAUCUGGACGCAUGGGCCCGUCCCAAACGAUCUUUACGGACGAGAAUACAUUCGACAAGAUUCUAGUUCGAACUCUUCUGCACUUCAGCAAGAAUACAUGUUUAAUCAUGUCUUCGGCAUGGAGUCCGACAACAGCAGUAUUUAUCAGAAAUCUGUCGCCUCUGUAGUCCGUAAUGUAUUUUGCGGAUACAACGGCAUUGUUUUUGCUUACGGUAUGACAGGAACUGGUAAAACAUACUCUAUGCAAGGAACAGAAGACGAGCCCGGCAUCAUUCCUUUAGGUAUGCGCGAUCUCUUCGAUAUGGUUGAGUCAAACGCGGAUUCUGACACAUUUCAAAUUCGCAUCUCAUAUCUGGAAAUUUACAACGAGAGGAUCCGGGAUUUAAUUAGUAAUUCUCAAGAAGAACCAAAGGUUCGUGAAGGCGCUAAUGGCGAGGUAAUUGUCUCACCGAUGACCCGCGUACUGGUAACGAGUCCAGAAGAAGUAAGUCAGGUUAUUGAACAAUGUAAUGCUAUUCGAAAAACAGCUGCUACCGACUACAAUACCUAUAGUUCUAGGUCUCAUGCAAUAUUACAGGUCUUUCUUAUUCGGAAUUCAUUGUCAACUCAUACAACAAGAACAUCAACUCUCAGUCUUGUCGAUUUGGCAGGAAGUGAACGAGCUUCUACUGAUCAUGAACGAAGGAAAGAGGGUGCAUUCAUCAAUAAAUCCUUGCUUACAUUAGGUACUGUUAUUUCUCGACUGUCGAACUCUGUAAAUGGAGGGUCCUCUUCCAGCAACAAUCAUAUUCCUUACCGUGAAUCUAAACUUACUCGCUUGCUGCAACAGUCUUUGUCAGGUCAAUCUCAGAUAUCCUUGUUGGCAACUAUCAGUAUCGAGGCUCGACACGCUGUGGAAUCUACAAAUACCCUUAAAUUUGCUAUGAGAACCCAAAAUUUACCCACUGAAAUCCGACAGGCCGAAGCUUCUACUAAUUAUCAGGCCGAAGUAACUUCCUUACGUGCUGCACUAGCUAAGAGCAACCAAGAACUUGAGCUUUUUUCAAACACGCUUAAGCAACUCAAAUCAGAUCUAGAGGAAAGGGAUGCUUACAUAUCAUGGCUUGAAGCCGAAAAAUCGCAUGAAAGCGCUAUUAGUCGUGUUCGGUUACGUAUGGAGGAACUCCUUUCCGAUCGAAACAUGGAAAUUGCAGACUUGAAAGAGGACGUUAAUGAUAAGGAGAAAAUAAUUUAUGCACUGCGGUCGUCACAGAGACGACGCGAGCUUGCUGAGUUGAAUCAAUCUAAAAUUCGUUUUUCGAGAUUUCGAGACUUACCGAAUCGUAAGUAUGAAAUCGACGAAUCCGAAAAGGAAAAUUCAACCUUGUCAAAAGAGAACGAAAGCGCAACUGGAUAUGUCACUGACCCUGCUGAAAUGGAUCAAGAUGAUGUAGAAACAAUUUCUCUGGAAGCAAUUAAUUCACCACCAGCAGCCGUUUAAUGAUUUUUUGGGAAAGAAUUCUCUUAUAUUUUUAGAAAAAACUAUUAUCUUCAGAAUACUUUAAGUUCCUAUGGUUCAUAAAGUCCUUCAUUUUAUCCUUAUUUUGACUUAUGCAUUUACUGCAUUUGAAAGCACUUCACUAUUUAUCUUGUGUACUGCACUUAUUCCUUUUGUUACAAUGGUACUUUGUCCUUUUACCAUUCAUAUCCUAUGGCUUCUUUAUGUUUACUUUUUCAAUCUUACAUGAUUCCUAAAUAGCAAAGGCAUCUAGGUUGCAAAAUAUACUCAUUUAUGUCAGAUUUUGUUGGGCUGAAGAAGCUGAAUUGGUAUAGUCUGACCGAAAUUUAGAUAAAUUGGCAAGAGUCAUCUUUGAACUCUAUGGAUAUUACUACAAAUUUUCUUUCUCGCAGCCUAUCUGAGAUUACUUCCACUGUUUCUGAUGCGUCAGGUGACUUUUCUUCGUCAAGUACAAACUAUGAAUUUGAACAAAAAUUACGCCGAUUAGUUGAACAUGCUUUUUGUCCGAUUGUCUUUACAUUGUGCUCGGAAGAUACGGAAAGCUUCAUAAAAGGAAAAGGCUUU